CGAUCGCCGUUGGCGAAUGUGGGUGCGUGCGUGUUGGCGAAGGGAAGGAAGGGAGACCGGGGCGACCCUCGGGCGGGCUCGGUGCACUUCGUUUAAUCAAUGAUAAUCGCCGGUCAUCGACGUUGAAACGUUAAAUUCAAGUAGAGAAUAAAGGAAAGUAAGAGCGUCGAGUAUUUUCACGUGCUCAAAAUGACGUUACCUGGCAUUGGGGUGUUCGGCACGGGUAGCAUCGUCAGGAUCAUCAUACCUUUCCUGAGAGAGAAGGGCUUCAGAAUCGAGGCUAUAUGGGGUCGCACACUGGCUGAGGUCUCGGAAGUGGCAAGUGAUCUUCAAAUACCAUUUCACACCAGCCGCAUAGAUGACGUUCUCCUGAGGAAGGACGUGGACCUAAUCUUUAUAAUGUGCUCGCCAAGCUUACAUUCCCAGAUCGCUGUCAAGGCUCUGGGCAUAGGAAAGCAUGUUGUGUGUGACAAACCUGCUGGCUUGAGUCAGAGCGAAGCACUGAAGAUGGUGCGAGCUGCACAGUAUUAUCCCUCGCUGAUAAGCAUAGUCAAUCACAGCCUAAGGUUCCUACCAGCUUUUGUGCACAUGAAGAAAGCAUUGGAAGAUGGAUAUUUGGGUGGACCUGUUACAGUCAUAGAAGUACGAGUGCAUAUGGGAAGUUUAUUGCACAAUGGGUACGAUUGGCUAUGCGAUGAUACGAUGGGUGGAGGGAUCCUGGCAUUGGUGGGCAGUCAUGUUAUAGAUUUGAUUUUUCAUUUGAUGGGUCAACGAGCGUCGAGGGUACACGCCGUUGUGAGGACGUUUACUCAAACAACCAAGUAUAUUAAUGGCAUCAGACACGUCACGUCGCCAGAUUUUUGUAGCUUUCAAAUGGAGUUGAGCGGCGGUACUUUGGUAACGGCUACUCUUAGCAAUCACCUGCAAGGGCAGCUCUCCCAAGAGGUGCUGAUAUGUGGUGGUGGAAAUCAUUUAAUUGUGCGAGGCGGAGAUUUGUACGGAUGUCGCGGUGAACAAGAGGAAAUUCUGUAUCGUGAUACGGAUGAUUUGCAAGGGAUAUCCUUGCCGAUCGCAGACUCUAUACCUAGGCCUUACAUUAAGGGACUAAGAAAGAUGAUUGCGGCGCUGAGGGAAGCUUUUCAAUUAGUGGAGGAUAAAAGAGGCUGGAUUAAAGAACCGGUGUUUUCUGCUUCUACAUUUGAGGAUGGCCUAUACGUACAGGCGGUUAUCGACGCGCUGCGGCAAAGUAAUAAACAGCGUGGAUGGGCCAAAGUCAACAUUCUGACAGAAGAACCGGAUCCGAAUCCCUUGUUGAGCGCUGCUGUCAGAGCUACAGCCAUCUCGAUAUAAGAAUUUGCUUCGCAAAGGCUUUUUAUUAUGAAAAACUCUGCUGUACUGCUAUUUGAUUAAUGUACAUAAAAAUUGUACAUUGAUAUAUUAAUUACGUGAAGUAAUUUUUAAGGCAGCUAUCUCAUCGAUUUUUAAUUUUCUAUCAUUUGAUUAAUUUAUUAUUACUAAGGCUCGGAAGUUUGUGCUACAUCCCGUGUAGCACGCUAGGCACCGUUGCGUGUCAAUUAUGUUCAUGCAUGCGUGUGUUAUGUUCGACAGACCGCGCGGUAGACGAGAAUUGACUAUGCAAACAUUACUUGUACACAACGUGCAACAUAGGGUUUUGAAUUUCCGGGUCCUAAUCACUUAUUUAAUCUGAUUCAUUUUCGCGCAAGAAAAACGUUGUGUAAUUUUAUUAUUUCAUUGUACAUAUACGUAUCCAUGUAUAAAAAUAUUUAUAUUUAUAAAUGUUGGUUGUGCUUAAGUAUUGAUUCAAUACAUAUAUGGGAUGACAAAUUAAAGAUGUUACAGAGAGAUAAUUUUCUAUGAAAAAAGAUUUGGCUUAAAAAGAUUUAGCAUCUUUAAUUUUCCAUUUUGUAUAUAUGUAUGAUUAAUAAUAAAUAUUUGUAUAAAUUAUGUAAUCAUAAA